GGCCGUUGCUGUCCUGCUCGGUUUGUCGGUUAGCUGCUAGCGAUGUUUUCGCGUUUUGCUGCGACUGCAAUGGAGCCGUUUCGCCUUGUUUAGCGCAAAGUGGGAAAGGUGUCACGAGAAGGAAACCGCAGCUAUGUUCGGGCGGUCCCGGAGCUGGGUGGGAGGGCAAGGGAGGUCCAAAAACAUCCACUCGCUGGACCAUUUAAAGUACAUGUAUCACGUCCUGACGAAGAACACAACGGUGACCGAUCACAACCGCAACCUGCUGGUCGAGACGAUUCGCUCCAUCACCGAAAUCCUUAUCUGGGGGGAUCAGAACGACAGCUCGGUUUUUGACUUCUUUUUGGAGAAGAACAUGUUCGCGUUCUUCCUCAACAUUUUACGGCAGAAGUCUGGGCGGUACGUUUGCGUCCAGCUGUUGCAGACGCUCAACAUACUUUUCGAGAACAUAAGUCAUGAGACGUCUCUCUAUUACUUGCUGUCCAAUAAUCAUGUUAAUUCCAUCAUUGUCCACAAGUUUGACUUCUCUGACGAGGAAAUUAUGGCUUACUACAUCUCCUUCUUGAAGACUUUGUCCCUGAAGCUCAACAACCACACUGUUCAUUUCUUUUACAAUGAGCACACUAAUGAUUUUGCCCUGUACACGGAGGCCAUUAAGUUUUUCAACCACCCAGAGAGCAUGGUCAGGAUCGCAGUCAGGACUAUCACUCUCAAUGUGUAUAAAGUGGUCAGGACCCUCAUGGACCCUCACACAGCAGUGUCAUUGGAUAACCAGCACAUGCUGCACUACAUCCGGGACAAAACGGCCGUGCCCUACUUCUCCAACCUCGUCUGGUUCAUCGGCAGCCACGUCAUCGAGCUGGACAAGUGUGUUCAGACGGAUGAAGAGCAUAAAAACAGAGGGAAGUUGAGUGACCUGGUUGCAGAGCACCUGGACCACCUUCACUAUCUGAACGACAUUCUCAUCAUCAACUGCGAGUUCCUCAACGACGUGCUGACGGACCAUCUGCUCAACCGCCUCUUCCUGCCCCUCUACGUCUACUCGCUGGUCAGCCAAGAGCAGUGUGAAGAUCGCAAGAUCAACCCUCAGGUGUCACUCUACCUGCUCUCCCAGGUGUUCCUCAUCAUCCACUACCAGCCUCUGGUGAACGCGCUGGCCGACGUUAUUCUGAAUGGAGAUCUGUCCGUUUUUUCAGCUCAGCCGGAGCAGAACCCACUCAAGAACUCAUCCAAUGCCGGAGUGCGCCGCUUCACCAAGCCGCCGGAGAGUCUGGAGCGUUCUCUGGAGAUGAGCCGGCAGCGGGGCAGGAAGAAAGCGCAGAAGAGGCCGAACUACAAGAACGUUGGCGAGGAGGAAGAGGAGGAGAGAGGUGCGGAGGAUGGCCCAGAGGAAGAGAAGGCUAAAGGUACAGAGGCUAGUUCAAAGGCCAGCAGGACAAGUGGGGACACGGAAGAGAUCGAGAUGGUGGUGAUGGAGAAGUGCAAGAUAUCAGACGUGUCCACCUUAACCGAGCAGAACAUCACCGACGAGGAGAAAACGGCUGCGGCUGCUGCUCGCACGGAGUGUCUGAGGAGCAGGCCCUUCUUGGACAUGGUGUACAACGCUCUGGACUGCGAGAAGGAGGAUUACCACGCCCUCUUCGUCCUCUGCCUCCUCUUCGCCAUGACUCACAGCAAAGGUAUAAACCCAGCGCUGCUGGAGAAGAUCCAGCUGCCAGUACCGGGUCAGGAGAGGAGCAGUUAUAGUCAAGUUCUGGUGGAGAGGCUGAUCAGGAUCAUGAACCAGGCUGCACAACCAGACGGGCGAGUGCGUCUGGCAACUCUGGAGCUCAGCUGUCUUCUGCUCAAGCAGUCAGUGCUGUCCAGCACACAGUGCAUCAUCAAGGAUGUCCACCUGGCCUGUCUGGAGGGCGCUAGAGAGGAGAGUCUCCAUCUUCUGCGGCGAUUUUAUAAGGGGGAGGAGAUCUUCCUGGACAUGUUUGAAGACGAGUACAGGAGCAUGACUAGCAAGCCUCUGAACGUGGAGUAUCUCAUGAUGGACGCGUCCAUUCUUCUGCCCCCUACUGGAACGCCGCUCACCGGGAUCGACUUCGUUAAGCGGCUGCCCUGCGGGGACGUGGAGAAGACGCGCAGGGCUAUCCGUGUGUUCUUCAUGCUGCGGGCGCUCUCUCUGCAGCUUCAGGGAGAGCCAGAGACCCAGCUACCCCUGACGCGUCCAGAGGACCUUAUUAAGACCGACGACGUCCUGGACCUCAAUAACAGUGAUUUGAUCGCCUGCAUGGUGGUGAGUAAGGACGGGGUUCAGGCCCAGCGCUUCCUGGCCGUGGACGUGUAUCAGAUGAGUCUGGUGGAACCGGAUACCAAGCGCUUGGGCUGGGGAGUCGUCAAGUUCGCCGGCCUUCUGCAGGACAUGCAGGUGUCUGGGGUGGAGGACGACAGCAGGGCUCUAAACAUCACCAUCCACAAGCCUGCCUCCAACCCCCACGCCAAGCCCCUCCCCAUCCUGCAGGCCUCCUUCAUCUUCGCUGACCACAUCCGCUGCAUCAUCGCCAAGCAGCGGCUGGCCAAGGGCCGCAUCCAAGCCCGCCGCAUGAAGAUGCAGAGGAUAGCAGCGCUUCUGGACCUUCCUGUCCAGCCGUCCUCUGAGGUUCUGGGCUUCAGUCAGUCCGCUGCGUCUGCAUCUCAGCUGCCCUUCCGCUUCUACGACCAGGCUCGACGAGGCCCCGCCUUCGCCUCCGUGGACAAAGUUCCAGGUUUCGCGGUGGCCCAUGUUGCGCAGCACAGCCCCUCGGCCCUGUGCCCCCCCUCACCCAACUCCAGUACCAGCAGCAGUGCGGAUCACUGUGACUACGUCACCGCCAGCAGUGCGUCCACUCAGUCCACCGCACAGAGCUCGUCAGCUCCAGCUCCUGCUCUGGCUCCCAGCCUGACGCCUGCCGCCCAGCCCACCAUCUCCCUGCUGUCGGACGCGGACGCUGAGACUCUCAGCGUGGACUCCCUCACCCUGCUGCCCCCAGCGGACCCACCUCGCCUCCGGGCCUUCAGCUCGCAGUCCUCCGUCCAGGAGGAGACGCCGAGCGCCGCCCACGACGAGGACCUCAAACCCGAAGAGUCUUCAGCUCGCUCAGGCCUGUCCCUGGGGGACAACACGGAGAACACCGCAGGAGAAGAGGACAGGAAGGACAUUACUGUCAUUCCAGAGGAGAACGAACCUUCUCCCGAUUCUGAACCAGCAGAUGUGGAUUCUGAGGAGCCGGAGUCGACGUCGAGACAAGAGGCCGAGACUCGAGCAGAGAGCGAGCCUGCAGCUCACGUUCCUCAGCCAGACCCGGAGGAGAACCCUGACCUAGAGCAGGAGACCGAAAUAGACUGAGCGGACCUGCUCUGAGGAGACACUUCCAGUGGAGAAGCUCACUCCUUAAAGCGAUAGUUCAGCCGAAUAUCUCAUUCACACACUUUUAACCUUGACCCAGACGUAGAUGAUCAGCCAAGACAUGUUUGAUGUCAGAGACUUGCUUCUUAAAGGGCCCAUAUCCCGCAUUUUUCUUCUUUAUUUUUCCCCCAGGGUUCCAUUUCUAACAUCUGUGCGAGUUUGUGUGCCAAAAUCUAGCAGGCUGUUUUUCUUACUGUGCCUUUAAGACAUAUAUAUGUAAAUGAGCUCUGUUCUGAUUGGCUGUGCCUCAAUCCAAAAGGCAGUCCCUCUUGAAAUACUCCUCCUUCUGCCUUCGGUGUGAGGAGAAGGCAUUAAACUGAAUAGGGGGAUGUAGAGAAAUGAUUUGGUCUUUAUGACAUCACAAAAACAGUGAAUUCAAAACGGGUUUUAGGAGCUUAUUUUCCAUUUCUGGGCUGUAACUGGGGAGUGAGCAGGACAUUUGGAAAUUAUGUUUACAUACAGAAUUAAACUUUUUAAUGGCCAGUUCAGUUUUUAUGAUGUGGGCCCUUUAAGUCUGGGAUGGAUUACUAACAAAUAUUCCUUUAAUAUGUAAUAAAUUAAAAGCCCCCUCUUCUUCUACCCUGCUUAAAUGAUUUAAAAGCCCCCAGCAGCAAAGAUAUGGAAAUAAUAGCCUUAUUGCACAUUAAUUGAAAAUAAAUGUUUGUUUACACUGUUUAAAGCGCACAUAAACGAGCGGUUUAUUAAAGUUAUAUACGUUUUUUUUAAUAUAUUUUGUUGUGUUGUCAGAGUGUCAGGAUGGGCGGGCCUCCAAAGACACCUGGGGUCUCGUGAAACUUUGAUCCACCCCUGAUAGCACUGGAGCUAAUGUAGUAUUAAUGCAAACUUACACCCCACCAUUUAGCAUGGUGCUAACUGCAUGUCUAGGUUUAGGUUAAAGGGCCCAAAACCUACAUUUUUUAGACCCCCCCCAACCAGUUCAAUUUAUGAAGCAAAAAUUGCUCAUAAUUCAUUCAUUAAAAGACAAUUUUCUAUCCACCCAGUAUCCCUCAAAAUUAAACAGACUGUGCCUUUAAGGCUGACGUAUGUAAAUGAGCUCGUGCUUGUGACAUCACAAAAAUCAUUUAUUCAAAGCGGGCCGCUUUUGCUGCAUAUUUUCAUACAGCGAGUGAGUGAUACCUUCUGAAACCUUUCCAGUAUUUAUUUCAAAGUAAGCAAGCAAAGCCCUUUUUUCUGUGAUAUGGGCCCUUUAAGCUGUCUUGCCGUGUUAGCACGAUGCGACUGGUGCCUAUAGGCUUUCACUGAUUGUUAGCUACAUUAGCUCUGAGCUCCAGCUCAGCACUAACGAAGCAGUGAGCAUGUCUUGGCUGACCGACAGCGUUUGGAAAAGGGGCUGAAUGUUUAGGUCAUGUUUUUGGGGGAACCAUCGCUUUAAGCCUGGACAUACAGUUGUGUGCAGAAGUUUGGGCGCCCCAUGUUUUGCUGAAUGCGCGGUCACUGUUUGGUCACUGGGUUUAACAAAUGCGUAAGACGCACUGGGGGAACAUGAAACGUGGCCUGUGUGAAAGUUACAGCACAGGUCGUGUUGUGUUUUAUCGUUUUUAAUAAAAGGAAAUAGAAAUUUUGCACUAAGGUUUCAGUUUUCCACAGGAAAUCAGCCGGAAUAGUUUGGCCUGGGGUGUUUGAACUUUGGCAUGCAGCUGUAUCCGUACCUGUGUACCGGUUAAUGAUGGCGUGAAUGCCCUUCUUUGUAGAUUCAUCGCGCCGGUGACUUCGUUUUGGCGCCUCCUCUUUGUUUAGGGCGCUCUGGAAUGCAGCGUUUCUGUUUUCGUUCCCAGAGAACAGUGGCGCUCUCACGGGAACAAUGCGGUCACUGAUGCCCGAGCGUCCUUCAGAGCGCAGCUUUGUUUUCUCGUCUGAGCACCGUUGUCUUUCUCGUUUUGCUGUCGUGGUGCUGCGUGUCUGAGCGAGGCUGGAUUACGAGUGAAUGGGUGGGUUUGUCCGGAGCUCCUCGUCUGUGUGAGAGGAGGAGCAGCAGAGCGGGUUUGUUUUUAUGACUAUGUCCGAGUGGGUGAGCGAACGCCCGCUCGCUUUUACCAGUCUUAACACUGAGGAAUGUACAAAGCCUUUUUGGAGUCUGUCCAGCGGUGCUUUCUCCUGGAGGACUGUUCCGCGUUGACUGAACGUGCGUUCGCACUUCAUCAGUGGCUUUGUGUCUUUUUUUUUUUUUGAGAUCGUAGGUGAGCAGACAGCACUGUGAGAGUCAGAGACCCAUUUAUUUAUUACACGAAGUACAAGCUGUUCAUUUUUCAGAGUGAGCAAACAGCAGAACAUAUCGCCGAUGUCGGAACAAAACCUCCAAAUCUCCAACAUAGUAACUUUACAGGAGAAGGAAAAAACCUACUUUACUUUACCUGAGAGUCAAUGGAACCGGACGUUUUC